GUAAAACCGACACUAAAACGUCCCGACCUACAAAUCACCCGGCCAAAUUAUGAGUUCAUUGUAUUAUGCGAAUGCUUUAUUUUCUAAAUAUCAAGCCGCAAGUUCGGUUUUCCCAUCCGGAGUGUUUCCCGAGCAAACUUCUUGCGCUUUCGCCUCCAGCAGCCAGCGAGCGGGCUAUGGGGCCGGAUCCGCGGCGCCCUUCGCCGCUUCCAUGCCCGGCCUCUACUCGGGCGGCAGCUCCGUGCACCCGCAGCCCCCCAGCGUGUACCCCGCGGGCUACGGCCUGGAGGCCGGCUCCUUCAACAUGCACUGUGCCCCCUUCGAGCAGAACCUGGCCCUGAUGUGCCCGGCGGACGCCUCCAAGCAGAGCUGCAGCAAAAGCGACCAGAGGGACGCGGAUCUGCAGGGCGACAGCAACUUCCGCAUCUACCCCUGGAUGAGGAGCACAGGAACGGACAGAAAACGCGGCCGCCAGACCUACACCCGGUACCAGACGCUGGAGCUGGAGAAGGAAUUCCACUUUAACCGGUACCUGACGCGGCGGCGCCGCAUCGAGAUCGCGCACUCGCUGUGCCUGACCGAGCGCCAGAUCAAAAUCUGGUUCCAGAACCGCCGCAUGAAGUGGAAAAAGGAGAAUAAAACCUCCUGCCCCGGCUCCGGCGGGCAGGAAAAGGCGGACGCCGAGGAGGAUGAGGAGGAGUGAAAAGGGGGGAGAGGUGGAUGGAUGCGGGGAGAGAGAGAAGGAAA